UUCACACAACAUGUGUAAACAUACUUCAGAAAAUUUCAAUUUACUUUUCUCGGUGAAAAGGAUUAAGUGAUCAAAUAUCAAAUACAAGCUUCUAUUUGGGCAAGCUCAGUUUAAUAAACUUAAUAUAAAAGUCCUAUAUGCUUUAUUAUUGGCCGUUUUAUUUAUAGACAAAUAGUAAAUGAUUAGGUAAUGAAACAAAAACUUAUUUUUGGAUGAAAAGAUCCAUUCAUAAAUACAAGUUUACAAAAAUAAGAACAACUCUAAUAUUUACAGAGGCCUACCCAUAUAGGGUUGGAAUUGAUAAAUGAUUUGGCUCACUGCCCAAUAACAUGUGUUACUAUUUGGUAAGGGUGCAACCACCUUUGAGGACAACUUUCUUAAUAUCUCAAUGUCAGUUUAGGCGGUAACUUAUAAAGCAAAGUAAAUAUAUAUUUAUAUUGAAUAUUUAUUUCAUAUUUUUGGUAGGAAGAAUAUAUGGCAAACCAUAUGAGUGGUAACAACAAGAGGAAAGAUAGAAUUCUCCAAAUCCCAAUAGACUUCAAGUUUGAAGUAUCGGUCACAUUGAACGACUAUUACGAACUAUUUAAGGUUUUGUAAGUACUUGUAUGUAUAUACUUAUAUAUAGGGAUCGAUGUUAAAGCAGCUUAUAUAGGUUAUAAUAUAAGAUAGAUAAGGGUAGUAGAGCAUGAUUAUGGAUGAAACUAAAUAUAUUCUGUUGUAUUUGUCAAGUUAUCAAUUAUCCUCAAACAGGUUUUUAACAAUAUGUUGAUUAAUGCUGCAAUCGAGCUCUAAGUUUAAAUAGUUUCAUAAAAAUUUAUGCACGACACAAAUUAACUUUAAGCAAAAUUUAGCAGAUGUUUUAAUUUACAUGCCAGCGAUAUCACGGCCAUGUUUGAUAUUUUCCCAUAUGUUAUGUGGUAAAGUAUAUAUAUAUUUAUCUGCUGGUAUAUUUAAACAGCAAAUCAAUAUAGAUACGGGAAGAAGUGUUUAAGAAGAAUCCUCAAUACGUAGGCACAUGGUGUCUGCAUGGGACGUUAUUGACAGACCUUCUGAAAUAUGUUGGGUUUAAAUACCCAGAGUAUAAAUUAAGUAUUCGCUAAAAAUAACUUAUUACAAGAGUUGCAUAUAAUUAUAAUGACUGAAAGAUGCUACAACAGGGUCUUACAACUUGCUGAAACACUUGGUGUAUUUCUUAGCACUGGCCUAUUUAUUAACAACUUAUAUAACCAACGCAAAAGAUGAUGUGUUAAUUUAAACAUUAUCAUGUAACUGCAAUGUGGGAUGGGAAUAACCCAGGUCUUGUAGAUAAUGUUAACCGUAGUGUAGUUUAUUUAAUAUAAUUACAACAUAAACACUCAAUGUCUGGUUAGUGUAACAUUUGAUAGGCCACUAACUGGACUAUUCAAAAACUUUUUUUAUGCCCUCGUUUUUAUGUGAGUAUAGUUUUAUGCAUAUCAUUAUUUAAGGAGUGUCGCUUUGCCUUUUCCCAAAUUUUGUGCUCGUGCGUAAAUAGUCUUUACCAUUAGCUUAUUAGAAAAAUGGUCGCCUAAUUUGUUAAAGAUUCAGGAAUUUCAAGAUUUUAUAUUUAAAGCCUGCGGGGUAAAAACAAAAGAGAAAGGAAUAAACAGAAAAACAACACUUGUUAUAAAUAAAAACGCUGCGGGUAAAAAAUAUGGAUAAAACUAUUAUUUUAAUGCUAACCUUGUUAAGACAACUUGUCCGUCGGAACCAACAGACAGUAAAUGUCACAAGUUAAUAUUAAUAGAUAAAAUACACAAGUUAUAUAGACAGUAUAACCACAGUAUUAUAUUAAUAAAAUAUUGUUGUAUAGUUUUAUGUAUAUAGUAAACAUUGCCCUGUCAGUUAAAAGGCCUUUAAACAUAAGAUAUUGUCACAGCCAGCACAGGGUGUGAAAGGAGAAAUUUAUUGACAGGAUAUUGGAUGUAGAUUUGAUCAUUGGGAUUAUUCUAUUAACAAUGGUGGGAUUAAGUGACAUGACUUUAUAAGUGAACAUUGCAAUCAAGUAAUAGUUAAUGGUAGAAGUGUAUAUCAAAUGGACAAUGCAGAUGAUUAUCUAAAAAAAAGCUUUUUUUUGUAGUGAAAUAUUUUAAAAAAUGAGUUUUUUAACUUAAAAUUUGGUUGAAAAAACAAAAAUUAUAAAAUCAAAAUGUAAAAUGAAGUGUAUUGUUUGGCAUGCAUAGCGUUUGCACAGGUUAUCUGCUAACAUAGUUAGUUAAUAUUAAAUCAAACCUUAUACACACAACAGCGUAAUCAUAUGCUUGUUGCAUUAGUUGCAAAUAUGAGAAGGAAAUUAACUAUCCUAGUUUUUAUAUUUGGGUUCGGAUUCUGUUCAUGGGUUUUGAUCAGGAAAAUAAACACAAUCUAUCAACAAAGCAAGGUGGAAACAUGGAAGAAUAAACUCCCUAAGACAAAGGAACCAACAUACAAAGCCCCUGAGAAAUCAUGUGAGCCAAUCACGAAAAUCAUGUUCAUGAAGACUCACAAAACAGCCAGCACGUCGGUAAUGAAUAUAAUUGAACGAUACGCUGUGAAACAUAACCUCACUAUAGCGCUACCUAACGGAGGGAAUGCCGACCAGUUCGACUACCCAAACCCCUUUCAUGAACGAAUGGUUUUCCCAUUGUUACACGGGCAAGAUCGUUAUGAUGUCAUAUGCCACCAUAUGAGAUUCAACUCACAGCAAGUUAAUAAAAUAUUGCCGCGUCAUGUUGCAAAAUACGUGACAAUCCUACGCGAGCCGGGGAAAAUGUUUGAAUCGAUAUUCGAUUAUUUUUAUGACCUUGUGGAUUUUUUUCACAACGUUCCUUCAAGUUCGAGGGAAAACUUGGAGAUUUGGUUGGACGAUGCGCCAAGCCGUAUUAACCGGGGUGGGAAAGGAGGUUUCUGGUUUAUCGGGAAAAACCUUGAGUAUCAUGAUCUGGGGUUUUCAAAUAUGAAUGAACAGGCAAAAUACUUGAAACUGGCGGCCGAAAGAAUUGAACAAGAGUUUGAUCUUGUUAUGAUAUCUGACCAUUUCAUGGAGUCACUUAUUUUACUUAAGGUGGGUCAAAAGGUUUCCACUGCGUGCCUUGCCACAGGACAAAAGUUAUGUAAUAGCAUAAUGUAACGAGAAGACCCGAAAAUUGGAAGUAAAAUUAAAAUGACUUUGAGCGUGUGAUCAAAAAGAAAUUGUAAACGGCACCAACAAAGUUACUGUUUGUUAUACAGGCUAAGUAUUUAGAUUGUAUGAAUGUAGAUAUCAGUUUAUCACAUGCAAGUUACCAACGGAAAUCAUAUGUAGAUUAAUUAAACUUGUAUAUUCCCCGAAUUAUAACAAACAGUUAAAGUGUUGAUAGGUCUUACCAUUAAAAUGGGGUAACAGGACAACUCUGACAUAAAUCCAAGUCCCUGGCCUGCUAUCUUGUUUGUCAAUCGCACAGAACAUCAACAAAACUUCGACAAAACUAAAAUCCUGACUAGUCGUAUAUCUUUUGCAGUGUUGCCUAGUUUUAAUGUAACGUACAUAUACUUAAAAUUCUAACUCUAAUUAAUGUUUAUUUAUAGGACUUAAUGUGCUGGGACCUUAAAGACGUCGUUUCUUUGAAAUUAAAUUCUAGAAAAAGCAAAAGUCCGGAACAACCAGAGCAAUUAAGGCGGAAAAUCCGAAACUGGAAUAAAGCAGACGCAUUCCUGUUCGAUCACUUUAACGCCACCUUAUGGAGAAAGGUUGAGGCGUUUGGCCACCAGAGGAUGGCGCAAGAGAUCGCGGAAUUAAAAAGAUUGAACGGGGAGUUUUUUAAAGAAUGUGUGAAUGACACUGGCGUUGUGGGAAGUAAAAAUAAACUGCUUAAUCCAAGCGGGAGACUAGAUUUAAAAGCAUACGCGCCAAAAAACAAUGUCUCACAAAUGUGCCAGCUGGCCACUAUGGGUGAAUUACAAAUCUCUUCAAAAUUAAAAGACAACUAUUUAAGGCAAAAAAAAUUAUUAGGUUAAAAUUUGUUAUCGCUUUUAGAUAUGCUGUGAUUUUUGUAGUUUUUGUAGUUUUUGUAGUGUUAAACAGAGUACUCAACAAUUUUGGUAAAAUUGCAAGGCAAUCAUAAAAACAAAAAACAUUAGAUAAACAUUUUUAUCGCUUUUAGAUAUGCUGUAAUUUUUGUAGUUUUUGUAGUGUUAAACAGAGCAAUUAUAUUUCAUUUGCAAUGAAUUAGGAACAUACACGGGCGUGGUUAUGUACACAAUACAGCACCAAAGCUAUUUAAAACACAACAUGGUAUCUAUAUAAGAAAACAUGGUAUUUGCUGUAAAUAAGAGGAAUUAAGACUCAAAUAUGGUUUUCUUAGGGUAAGGAACAAAACAUAUUCAACACAAAUAAUGUUGUAUGUUUAAGACAUUGGAGCCCUUUAAAACCACAAUCCAAUGUAUCGUAAACACUUGAACACAACAAUUGUAAACAACUUGUUUUAGCCAGGUAAUGCCAUAUUACCCACGUUA